AUGCAAUUAAUAGAUGAUUUAAUUGAUCAAGUAUCAUUAUUUCAAGAAGAUCAAAAAAUUAUUAUACAUAAAUAUAGAGAUGAUAAUUUCCAACAAAGAGAAAAUGCUACAUUUCUAAUGUUAUGUAGAAAUUCCGAAUUAAUAGAUGUGUUGGAGACUAUUCAAAGUGUUCAAGAUCGAUAUAAUAACAAAUUCAAUUAUGACUAUACAUUUUUAAAUGAUAAACCAUUCGAUAACGAAUUUAUAUAUUUAGUUUCUUCAUUCAUACCAUUUGGAUCAAUUAAUUUUGGUUCUAUACCUGAAGAUCAUUGGAGAGUUCCCGAUUUCAUUAAUAGAAAUAAAUUAUUAGCGAAUUUAAAUCAAUCUAAUGAUACUAUGUUAUAUGGAGAUUCAUUAUCAUAUCGACAAAUGUGUCGAUUUUAUCUGGGAUUUUUCUAUAAGCAUGAAUUAGUUAAUCAAUAUCAAUAUUAUUGGAGACUUGAACCUGGCAUAAAAAUAUUUUGUGAUAUCGAUUAUGACGUAUUUAAAUUUAUGAAAGAGAAUGAUAAACUAUAUGGGUUUACAUUAACUAUGUUCGAAUAUGAGCGAACCAUACCGACAUUAUGGAAGAACUUUCAAGAAUAUCUUAAGUUACAUUAUAACAAACAAUCACAGCAAUUACUUAAAUUAGUUACGAAUCCUAUAAGUAAUACUUACAACCUAUGCCAUUUUUGGACGAAUUUUGAAAUUGCAAAAUUAUCAAUCUAUCAAAACUCUGAAUAUGAAAACUACUUCAAAUUUCUUGAUUCGAAAGGUGGAUUCUUUUAUGAGAGAUGGGGGGAUGCACCUAUUCAUAGUUUAGGUGUAUCCAUUGUAGUAGAAGAACCUCAUCAAUUACAUUGGUUUGGAGAUAUAGGAUAUUAUCAUCAACCAUAUGUUCAAUGCCCAUUAAAGAAUCAAGUAUUUAUUAAUAAUAAAUGUUCAUGUAAUCCAGAUGAUGACUUCAGUUUCACAGAUUUAAGUUGUACCAGCCACUUUUUAAAUGUAAUUAAUGGAAUUGAGGAUAAUUCUGUAUAA